CCGAUUUGUAAAAUUAUAUUCAUGAACGCAGAUAUUAUUUUAAUUUUAAAUUAUUCACCCCGUGAAGCUUUUUGGACGUUCUCUUCUUGCGAGCAAAUCCAUCAGCAAAAAUGUCAGGUGAUCUUCAAUGGCUCUUAUUGCGUAAAUCUUCUUCAUUCAUUCGCCCAAGUGCACCAGAGUCACCUUUGCUCUCAUCUGAACCUGGUAACUUGAUCGCAAAGCACUCAUACAAGUACUCUUCUACUAUCAACGGCCAAAAGGCUCUUGGUAUCAAGCCACAAGAAAAGGGUGCUUUGAUUGUUGCACGUAAGACCAAGUCUCCAAUCAACGAAUGGAACAAGGGUUUCGCAAAGACUCAAGUCACUGGUGGAAAGCGUCGUGCAUACAAGUCAACUGCUAACGUUGUCUCAACUACUCGUCCAGACCUUCUUAAGCCAUCAGUAGCUCGUGUCUCAGCUAUCUAUGCUUCACAAAACCCAAAGAAGGAUGCUCCAGUUAAGAAGGUUCGCGGCAAUAAAGCUUAAGUUCUGAAGGCUGAGUAAAUACAUGUAUUUGAUUUACACAUGCAGAUUCACCUCAACAUUUUAUGAAUAUUUAUGCUUGGGUAAACGUUUCCAAUUGGUUUUGAACUAAAUACGUUUCAACCUGUGUGAUUUUGCAAUAUGUAC